UACAGAGGAAGGAAAAUAACAAACGGUUUUGUGUGAUUAGAAGCGUUUAUUUUUGUUUUCAGUAGAAAUUCUGCGCUUUUGGAUUAGUCAACGGUCGCUGGUUGAUUAUUAAGCGCUGUAGUAUCCUCUCACUCACUCUCACUCUGCUGGAUCGAUUAAUACCGACACAGUGUUUCAUGCAGUCAUCACAUCCAGUCAAGGAAACAUCAGCCUGAGGUACCUCCUCUACCCCCUUCCCUGUUCCAGUUUCUGAGCUCAUCUCCCGCUCCUACGCCUGUUCUAACGUUUCUUCAGGAACCUCAGGCCACUUCGGGCCAGUGGCCUUCUUCAAAAAGAGUUGUUGGGGAAAGCGGGUCCUUCUUUUGCCCCGUUUUCCAAACAUUCGUCGGUGUUCAUCGGCCACCAGAACAUCUCAACUAUGUCGUCUAUCUUGCCAUUUACGCCACCUGUGGUAAAGCGCCUGUUGGGCUGGAAGAAGUCUGCGAAUGGCUCAGGCGGAGCGGGUGGGGGAGAACAAAAUGGCCAGGAGGAGAAAUGGUGUGAGAAGGCUGUUAAGAGUUUAGUAAAGAAGCUGAAGAAGACGGGCCAGUUGGACGAGCUAGAGAAGGCCAUUACCACACAGAACCGCAACACAAAGUGUGUCACCAUUCCCAGCAAUUGCUCUGAAAUUUGGGGACUGAGUACUCCAAAUACGAUAGAACAGUGGGAUACCUCAGGCCUAUACAGCUACCCUGACCAAACCAGAUCUCUGGACGGGCGUCUACAGGUGUCUCACCGUAAGGGUCUGCCCCACGUCAUAUACUGCCGCCUGUGGCGAUGGCCCGACCUGCACAGCCAUCACGAGCUGCGUGCCAUCGAGACAUGCGAGUUUGCCUUCAACCUCAAGAAGGACGAGGUGUGCGUCAACCCUUACCACUAUCAACGGGUAGAGACGCCAGUCCUUCCACCUGUCCUAGUGCCAAGACACACAGAGAUUCUGACUGAACUUCCUCCUCUGGAUGACUACACCCAUUCCAUACCUGAAAACACCAACUUCCCCGCUGGGAUUGAACCUCCUAACAACUACAUACCAGAGACUCCUCCACCAGGCUACAUCAGUGAGGAUGGAGAGACCAGUGACCAGCAUUUGAAUCAAAGUAUGGACACAGGCUCUCCUGCAGAACUGUCGCCAAGCACACUCUCGCCCGUCAGCCAUGGCAUGGACCUGCAGCCGGUCACCUAUUCAGAGCCUGCAUUUUGGUGCUCCAUAGCCUACUAUGAGCUAAACCAGCGAGUUGGGGAGACUUUUCAUGCCUCACAGCCUUCUCUCACUGUUGAUGGAUUCACAGACCCAUCAAACUCUGAGCGUUUCUGCUUGGGUUUGCUGUCUAACGUCAAUCGCAACGCCACUGUAGAGAUGACCCGCAGACACAUAGGCAGAGGAGUUAGACUCUAUUAUAUUGGUGGAGAGGUGUUUGCUGAGUGUCUAAGCGACAGCGCCAUCUUUGUCCAAAGCCCCAACUGUAACCAAAGGUAUGGCUGGCACCCUGCAACUGUCUGCAAAAUCCCUCCAGGCUGUAAUCUGAAGAUCUUCAACAACCAGGAGUUUGCUGCACUCUUGGCCCAGUCAGUGAAUCAGGGCUUCGAGGCUGUGUAUCAGCUCACCAGAAUGUGCACCAUCCGCAUGAGCUUCGUAAAAGGCUGGGGGGCUGAGUACAGACGGCAGACUGUGACGAGCACUCCGUGCUGGAUUGAGCUGCACUUGAAUGGGCCAUUGCAGUGGCUGGAUAAAGUUUUGACUCAGAUGGGCUCCCCCACUGUUCGCUGCUCCAGUAUGUCCUAAUCAACAUGACGACAAUGCCCUUUCCCCAAAAAAAACCAUGUCAAAUUUUACAAUCAAACGAAACGACAACUAGAACAACAGACUUGCUAUAAUCCCCCUCUCUUCAUAGUACUUGUGACUUUUUAUUUCCCUCUUUCUCUCUCUUCUGAUGUUUUCACUGUUCGGAACUGAACAUGGCACUUGCUGUCACAUCAGCUUCAAGCACCUUUAAUUCGCUCUUUUUUCCUCAUAAAUCCGUAAUAUUAAAUGUUUUAGUCGUAGAAACUGAAAUGUAUAUAUAUUUUUUCUUAUAAAGACCAGGGACUGAGUGUGUGUGUGGGAAGUAUAAAAAGGCAGUAGAUAACUUGGCACAGAUGUUUCAGUGAAGCAUUCCCUCCCUUUUGAAGUGACCACGCAGACUGAAUAUUUCUGGUUUUGUUUUUAAAACUUUGCUUAACCAAUCUUAACUUUGCUGGCUAUCAUAUACUUCAGGCUUGAUGUAUGUGCUGAGACUAAUCAAUACAAUAAAAGUAUUACUGCUACUAGCCCUUCCCAUCUCAAAAACCUUUUGUUCAUAAAAUGAAUGCCAAAAGACACCUUAUUUACUAGUCCCUGUAGUUAUGUCCAACCACUAUAAAAGAAUGUUGCCUUAUAUUAAGAGGGUGCUGUUGUAUGGCAUGCUUUAUUUGAAUUAACAAAAGAUUUGGACCAAUAUUUUACCAAUGUUUUGUGUAUCUGCCUUUGGAGUCCAUAUUGCCCCUCCCUGCCUCCACUUAUUCACUAGGUGAAAUGCUCAUUGAUAGCUCUUGAGUGAUUUGAUUCAGGUUGAGGUUAAAGUUGUUUAAACAGAAAAAGUUCUACAAAUAAUCACACCAUUCAAAUCUUUCAGAAAAUUCCAACCUUUUAAGCUUUAAGUGUUAAUAAAGUAGAUUAUUCUUCACAAUCACAAGAUUCUUUUUCUUUAGCUUGUGUUUAGCUACUUUUUGUAUUUCCAUGUAUUUUUAUAUAUAUAAAUAUAUUUAAAAUCUUUAUUGCUCUCUUCCUUUUUAUUAGAACUGAAUAUUUUUUUAGAUCACGCCCUCUUUUUAACUGAACAUGGAUUCAUAAUCAAAUGUCCUACCAUCCAAAAUUGUUAGCGUAAAAUUUCAUGCUCAGUGUCUUAUUUUCUUUUCUGUGUCUCUGAUUGUAGCUGUUGUCGUAACAUCUUGCCCAGAAUAUUUAGCUCCUGGCAUGUUUAGGUUGCUGUUCUUUUAUGUUGAGGAAAAGAACUCUGUAUAUUUUUUGGCUGUUUUGACGUAUUGCCUGCCCUGGAUGCUUUUCGUUAAUGAAUGGUUCUUCAAAUGGAGAAAACAUCUACCUGAUGUCAAAUGUUGCAGAAACAUGGCAGUGUUCUAUUCGCUCGUGAUUGGGGUGGGGGGGACUCCUCAAAUGAUCUGCGUCUUACAAGAUGACUUGUGCAACUGUAGUGUGUGUUCUUGUUGUACAACUUAACUAAUGACUGUGAUCUAUUUAGCUGUCUGCCUUCCUUUACUUGUUGUGACAGUGGCAAGAUGUUUAUCUUCAAUACCAUCCUGCCACCUUUUGUCUCUCUUUAGUUUUGUUGAUCUUAUUAUACUUGCGAUUGUAUUUUAAUUGCAACUAGUAUGAAGAGGACAGAGGUUGUGGCCUGUUUGAAUCCGUUUGGACACUGGGAACAUUCUCCUUCCCGGUUUCGACUGGGUGUGGAAAGGAUACCAAAUUGAACUGUUAAGUGGCCCAGACAUAUAUGCAUUUACAGUAUGUGUAUAUAUAAUUUUAUUGUACUUUUUUUGCAAAGCAUUUAACAGUCAGUGAGCUUAUUUUACCAUUAGAAAGACGUAUUGGUAGGAUGUGAAUGUUAUCAGGCGAUAAGCUUUUCAGGCGUGUUGCAUAUGCAGACUUCAUAAAUACACUAAUAAAAAGUUUUAAUUCUCAUGAG